GGCAUGUAGCCAGCCUCUCAACCAUGCAGGGCCAAUUCUUUCAACAUAGGCCCAUGAGGGGCAGGGUUGAAUUCCACUAGAAAUGACACCAGAAUUUUUUGCCAGCUUAGUACAAGGUCCACAUUACAAGGCAAAGCUCAGAAAAAUUUCUGGAGGAAAUGUACCAAAGCUCACUCUGCAUAACUCUGCUGAACUGACAGCAUCAGGAAGAAAUUUCAUCUCCUAGAAGGGUGCUGCUCAUCAUUUCUUCCUGGAAACAUCUGCAGAGACUAGUGUAGAGACAGCUUUUCAGGCUAAGUUAUCCUCCAUGAUGUUACCAUUACAAGGUGCCCAGAUGCUGCAGACACUGGAGAAAUACUUGAGGAAGAGCCUCCCAGCAUCCUUAAAGGUUUAUGGAACUGUCUUCCACAUGAACCAUGGAAAUCCGUUUAAUCUAAAGGCUCUGGUGGACAAGUGGCCUGAUUUUAAUACAGUGGUUGUCUGCCCUCAGGAGCAGGAUAUAACAGAUGACCUUGAUCACUAUACCAAUAAUUACCAAAUCUUCUCCAAAGACCCCCAAAACUGUCAGGAAUUCCUUGGAUCACCAGAACUCAUCAACUGGAAACAGCAGUUACAGAUUCAAAGUUCACAGCCUAGCCUGAAUGAGGCUAUACAAAAUCUUGCAGCCAUUAAGUCCUUCAAAGUCAAACAAACACAGUGCAUUCUCUAUAUACCGUGUGAAACAGCCAAGGAACUGGCUCCUUUCCUGCUGGAAUCAAAGAAUAUAUCGCCCAGUGGUGUGAAAACCAAGACCAUCAACCAAGAGAUGUUUAAACUCUCAUCCAUGGAUGUUGCCCAUGCUGACUUGGUGAAUAAAUUCUGGUAUUUUGGUGGUAAUGAGAGGAGCCAGAGAUUCAUUGAGCGCUGCAUUCAGACCUUUCCCAGCUUCUGUAUCCUGGGGCCUCAGGGUACCCCUGUGUGCUGGGCUCUAAUGGACCAGACUGGAGAGAUGAGAAUGGCAGGAACUUUGCCUGAAUACCGGGACCAGGGCCUUGUGACUUAUAUCCUCAAUUACCAGUCCCAGGAAUUGGGCAAACUUGGCUUUCCAAUCUAUUCUCAUGUAGACUACAGAAAUGAAGCUAUGCAAAGAGUAAGUUACAACCUGCGACAUAUUCCCAUUCCCAGAGGCUGGAACCAGUGGAACUGUGUGUCUCUGUGAUGGCAGCCCUGAACAUAAGACAGUGUUGGGCAGGCCUGGGCAUACAACUGGAGGAAUGAAUAGUGGAUGAAAAGAAAGAACAUAUUGUAAUCAGCAGAAAAGGAAUGUGCACUGUUUGGGCUCUGGGGAAGCACUGUGAUGGUCUACAGAAUACCAUGGUCCCUGCACUCACAGGUUCUCAGUAGGAAGCAGGCCCAGAUCCUCUUACAUUUGACCUGUGUAAUGUAGCUCCCCACACUUCUAGGGCCUCUAUGACACUUCAUCUUAUACAAAUUGCUCCAAAUUACUUCUCCUGGAAUCCCUAGUUCCUCAGUUGCAAGACCCUUGCCAGUUUUUCUGGGAGCUAGGAAGAUGUGAAUAAUAUUUUCUGAGUAUGAUGACUCACUUCUUUACAUUUCUAAAUCCUUCCCCUUAUGAUCAACAGGUGGAUUCUCCUCAAUAGUCUUUAGAGAUUAUCCUCUCCUGUUACUGAUACUUUAUAGGUACAUUAAAUAUACUAGACACAAAUAUAUAUGGGAUAUUAGGCUAAAUACAGUAUAUAUGAUGUAGCAGGGAAUGUUAUUAGAAGAAAUACCAACUGAUGAUAUCGUAUCCUACAACAGCUCCUACUCCAGGAAAAAAGAUCCAGUGUUGUUUCUAAGGAUGAGCUUCCAAAAUCCACCACAACUCCUAAACAAUAAAGUUUUGUGUUUUAUUGUAUACAAUUUUGAUUGUGUUUGCUCAAGUUAAGUGGUUCAUCAUGGUGACAGCAUAAAAGGAAUGAGUGUAUGAAAAUGGGAAGGUGGAAGCACCUUGACCCAGGGAUGUGAACAUUUAUUGAGGAGAGAUAGGAGUUGAAGACAGAAGAGACAGCAUGAAUACCUGCUUGUCCAGUUAUCCUCAGCACAUUACUCAUCUUCGUUUGUUCCUGCUAUAACAAAAUACCUGAGACUGGGUAAUUUAUAAAUAACAAUGUCUGAACUUAAUUAUUUAUUUAAAAUAAUUAUAAAAUAAUUAAAAAUUUAUUUAUCACAGUCUGGAGGCUAGAAGUCUAAAACCAAAGUGCCAGCAGAUUUGAUGUCUGGUGAGAAUUCAGUCCCUGCUUGCAAGGUGGUACCUAUUGCUGUGUUCUUUGUAGGGGAUGAACACUGUGUCCUCAUAAGGCAGAAAGACAGAAGAGCAAAAAGGGGACCAGCGAAUUUCCUCCAGUCCUUUUUCUUUCAGGAACUAAUCCCAUCCAUGAGGGUAGAGUUCUCAUGACUUAAUUACCUCCUAAAGACUCUAUCUCUUAAUACUGUUGCAUUGAUGAUUAAGUUUCAACAUGAAUUUUGGAGGAGACACAAACGUUCCAAUUAUAGCAUUACUUCAGAGUGCCUGAAUUCCAUAAAGUUUAGAUGAUAGUCUCAUACAAGGAUCGGUUGGUGGGGAACAGGAGAGAUAAUCUUUCAGGUUGCAACAGAUUAGGACUAUUCCCUUUUUUUUUUUUUUUUUUUAACUGUGCUGCUUUCAGUUACCUUGGACUCCUUAGAACCCAAAGGCACCAGCAGCAAAGGCCAGGAAACAGAAAACAUGGCAGCCCGUCCCUCCCUUUGGGAGCUUCGUCUCAAGAAGGUACAGAGCUGGUGUUGGCCUCAGAUCACUGGUGGUAGGCAGCUGGAAUCCCAGACCAGUGAGUCUUAUCCUGCAGCUAAGCUGUAGCUGCUCAGCUCCCUGAACUCAGCCUCUUUCCUGGGGGCAUGUAAAAAAGGCUAAUUUCCUCCUUUGCUGGAGCUUCAGCCCCUACUGCCUGGCUGUCCAGGGACCCAAGGCUCCCUUGACUCUGCAGGAAUGUCUGAGCAGCAGCUUUGUGAAGACUCCAUAUAGCUCGGCAUGUCAGACUGAAGGCCCUGGUAGAAGAGAUUCAUUAGGGGAUCUCCUGGCCCCAGGGCUGCCAAGGUCUAGGAAAAAGUGUGGGUCCCUAGAAUUUUCUACUCACCAUUUCCCUAGGAGAGGGAGUUUCCCCUGGCUCUGUGUCACUCCUGGGUGGGCAGUUGUCCUGUCUUGCUCCUCUCUGUUCUCCAUGGGUCAUGUUGUGUCUUUGAUGAAUCCCAAUGAGGCAGGAGAAUAGGGUCUGGAGGCAGGAAACAUAAGGCUGAUUCAUGGUGACUUCCUAAAGCUAAAUCAAAGGGAGACACUUCAGCUGACUUUGUAACUUAAGUUCAUUUUUCUCAUUUACAUAGGGCAUACACCAAGAAGCCAAUGGAAACCUCUAAAGGGUAUUUAAACCCCAGAAAAUUCUGUAAUGAGACCCUUGAGCCCCUAUACUAGGGGCUGCUCCCACCCUGUAAAGCAUACUUUCGUUUUCAGUUAAUCUCUGCUUUUGUUGCUUCAUUCUUUCCUUCCUUUCUUUGUGCAUUUUGUCCAAUUCUUUGUUCAAGAUGCCAAUAACUUGGAAACUCUCCACCAGUAACACCAAUGAAUGCUUUGUGCCAUUGUUUUUUAAAUAAGACAGGAGAAAAAAAGAGUUUAAAACAAACACAUUUUAUUUGUAUUGCUUUUUAUAUUUUAUAUUUAUCUAUAUAGUACUUACCUUGGGAACAAAUCAUAGAAAGCCUUGAAAGUCACAUCAAGGAUAUCAGAUUAUUUCCUAAAGCUAAUGGGAGGCUAUGGAAAGUCAUUAUGGAAGGUGUAUUAAUCAGGAUAGUCUGUGUUAUCCUGCAGUAACAACCCCAAAAUCUCAGUGUCUUAAAAUGACAAUGAUGAUUUCUCGCUUACAUUUAAUGGCCUUUGCAGUUCAGAUAGAGACUCUAUUCCAUGUCUCCCAAUUCUGGGAGUGUUUCAAAUAUAGCUUGACACCAUGGCAAAGGGGAAAACUAAGAGCAGGUGAAUUGUGCACUGAUUCUGAAGGGUUCUACCCAAAAAUGAGACACAUUAUUUCUGCAUACAUUUCAUAGGCCAAAGCAAGGCAUAUGGUCAUACUUAAGUUCAAAGGAUGCAGGAAAGGAAAGUGGAAUCCUAUUGCAAUAACCUAUAUUUUGCUAUCCUAACUGACUCUCUCUUUCUUAGCUGAGAGAAGUACAGACUCCAUGUUAGCUUCUUGAGCUGGACAGAGUUCAUUUAGCUUCUUCACUUCUCCCCCUUUCUCCCCCUUCCCCUGAGCACAUAGCUAGGGUAAGCUAACACCAAGCAGACCCAGGAAUGUCCUUACUAAUAAGAUACUGAGUUAAGCUGUAACCAGCCACCCCUUGGAAUGUGACUGCUGAUAACCAAAAGCUUUACAACUGUUUGCCUUCCUGUAAUAGUUUAUCCUUUUGAUUUUUUUUACUUGUUCUGUUUCUGUAAAAUCUGUUUUAGCUAGGCUCCCCGUCCCCUCCUUUAAGCAAGGUAUAAAGACACAAAGCCCCUUCUUUGGGGACGAGAGAAUUUUGAGCAUUAGCCAUCUCUUGGUCACUGGCAAAUAAAGGAAUCUUCAUUUG